AAACUGAUUGGUCUACUUAGCACAACGAGAGACCAAUCAGGACGCUCUCUCUCUCUCACUCUAGCUACUUCGGUCAUCCCCUCCCCCUCCCCCAAAAAAAUCCAUUUCCGGGAUAUUGUGUAUAAUUUGCGGGCAUCAGGGAGACGCUAUUAAUAUGCGGGAGACUCCCGGAACUUCCGGGAGAGGUGGGAUGUCUGUGUACUCAUCCUGGUGAAGGUGUUCCCGGUGUUGAAGGGUAGGGUGUCUGGAACGUGCUGCCCAGGGUGGUGGCAGAGGUUGAUAAAUGAGGUCUUGAAGGGACCCUUAGAUGGUAGAAAAAAUGGAGGGCGAUGGAGGAGGGAAGGGCUAGGUUGAUCUUGGAGCAGGUUGGUGGGCUGAAUGGCCUGCACUGAUUCAGAUCCGUGUGUUUAUCACCUCUACACGUGAAAUGCGUCGUUUGAGGUGACAGCCAACGCCCGCAAGCGUUGCCAGAAUAACGCGGAACACAGCAACCACAAAAUCACAACAGCAAGGCAAGUCCCUCUCCGCCCUCCCACACUACGGAUAGUUCUCCAUCCACAGGAGAGGCCUCCGGGCUUUCAGCCAUCGAGCUUUAAUGUUCAGACUUCUGAUCAACCUUCAGGCUUUGAUCUUUGGUAUUGACCCCUGGACCAUCGGAUGGUGGAUCCUGGAGACUCCAAACUCGCCAGUUCUCCUGCUGUGGUCUGUAUAGGGAUCCCGGGACGACGAGCGGAGGCCAGGCCGUUUCUGAAACCAUCGGCAGACUGAAGAGUGAUGUCAUCGCACGAUCCCCAGGCUGCUCCGGUGCGAAUCGCUUGGCGAGACCUGCCCUCGGGCGGUGGGAGAGGCUCUUAAGGCAAGAUGGCGUCCGCGCUGAGGAGCGCGUGCUCCCGGCGCACCUUGCAGAGAUGCUUCCCGAUCCUGGCGUGGCUGCCCCGCUACUCGGCUGGGUGGCUGCGGAUGGACGUCCUGGCCGGAGUGACCGUGGGGCUGACCGUGGUCCCUCAGGCCCUGGCCUACGCCGAGAUCGCUGGUCUUCCUGUUCAGUACGGUCUCUAUUCCUCCUUUAUGGGCUGCUUUGUUUACUGUCUGCUUGGCACCUCGAAGGACAUCACCCUGGGCCCGACGGCGAUCAUGUCUCUCCUCGUCUCCACGUACGCUCGCCAUGACCCGGUGUAUGCUGUGCUGCUGGCUUUCCUCUGCGGCUGCAUUCAGCUAGUGAUGGGAGUCCUGCGCCUCGGCUUCCUCGUUGACUUCAUCUCUCUCCCGGUGAUAAAGGGCUUCACCAGCUCUGCUGCCCUGACCAUCAGCUUUGGCCAGGUGAAGAACAUCCUCGGACUGCGUGACAUUCCCCGCCAAUUCUUCCGGGAGGUCUACUAUACCUUCUCUAAUAUCCCGCACACCAGGGUGGGAGACCUCGCGCUGGGCGUUGUCUGCAUUCUGCUGCUCGUCCUGUUGAAGCUGAUGAAGGGGAGCCUACCGGCGAAGCCGAGGGACCGGCCGCUGAACCGCGUGUGCCACGCCAUCGUCAGCUUCACCGCCACCGCCCGGAAUGCCGUGGUGGUGGUGGUCGCCAGCCUGGUUGCUUUCUGCUUCGAGAGUCAGUAUUGGCACGCAUUCACCCUGACGGGAGCAAUGGCUCAGGGUCUCCCGAGCUUCCGGGUUCCGCCCUUUUCCCAGCCGGAGACCAACGGCACGGAAUGCUUCGCUGAGAUUGUUCGGAACUUCGGAUCGGGAUUGGCUGUGGUCCCUCUGGUGGGAUUUCUGGAGAGCAUAGCAAUUGCCAAAGCUUUCGCCGCUCAGAAUGGAUACAGGGUCGACCCAAACCAAGAGCUGAUUGCCAUAGGCAGUACAAACAUCCUGGGCUCCUUUGUCUCGUCCUUCCCCGUGACUGGCAGCUUUGGCAGGACUGCAGUGAACUCUCAGACUGGUGUGUGCACCCCCGCUGGCGGAAUAGUGACUGGAAUCAUCGUGCUGCUCUCCCUGGCCUUCCUCACUCCGCUCUUCUUCUACGUCCCAAAGGCAGCCCUGGCGGCCGUCAUCAUCUGUGCGGUCUCCAGCGUCUUCGACCUGGGCAUUCUCGUCACGCUUUGGAGAGUGAACAAGCUGGAUCUGCUGCCAUUCCUAGCGUCAUUCCUGGGCUGUUUCUGGGAAAUCCAGUAUGGAAUUCUGGCUGGAAUUGCACUGUCUGGGAUUAUUCUACUUUACAACGUUGCCAGACCAGAGACCAAGGUGGCUGACUAUGGUCCGGUGGUGGUGCAGUUACAGAGUGGUUUCAACUUCCCUGCUGCUGAAUAUGUCCGUGACCUGCUGUGUCGAAGGGCGCUGGAAGCCUCUCCUCCCCGCUCAGCCGUCCUGGACUGCGUCCACAUCAGCAGUAUUGACUACACGACUGUCAACAGCCUGCGAGAGCUAAUUCUGACGUUCCAGCAGCAGCAGUUAUCCCUGCUGCUCGCUAAUCUGCGGCCCAAGACCUUGUUGAUUCUGGCAUCAGCAGAGAUUGAAGGACUGAGAUACUUCGACAGCACCGAGGCAGCGAUGCACCACCUACAGGCCACAAGGAGUGACCGACAGCAAGACCUGGAUGGGCGAGAGAUCUCCGGUUGGUAGCCCCGAUCCGCAGUGAAGUGAUCUGCAGAAGGCAAAGGCUCCUACGUGAGGCUGGUCGGUUGUAGCAGUGUUGAAGUGUCACCAGGUUCUGGCCAGAGACCUGAACCUUCCCUGAGGCAGGCACCUCCAUUGGGGUGGGGACAAGGCAGCCACUUCAUUGCACGUCCAGCAAUGAUGUCACUCAUCCAUAAACGUCUCCAAUUGCUAUAACAGAGACCAGAUACAAAUCCCAGUCCAAUCAGCUUCCUCAUCGUAGUGUAUCCUUGGGGCAGCAUAGCAGCAAAGCAUUUCUAUAAUAGAAACAUAGAAACAUAGAAAAUAGGUGCAGGAGUAGGCCAUUCGGCCCUUCGAGCCUGCACCGCCAUUUAUUAUGAUCAUGGCUGAUCAUCCAACUCAGAACCCAGCCUUCCCUCCAUACCCCCUGACCCCUGUAGCCACAAGGGCCAUAUCUAACUUCCUUUUAAACAUAGCUAAUGAACUGGCCUCAACAGUUUGCUGUGGCAGAGAAUUCCACAGAUUCACCACUCUCUGUGUGAAGAAGUUUUUCCUAAUCUCGGUCCUAAAAGGCUUCCCCUCUAUCCUCAAACAGUGACCCCUCGUUCUGGACCUCCCCAACAUCGGGAACAAUCUUCCCGCAUCUAGCCUGUCCAAUCCCUUUAGGAUCUUAUACGUUUCAAUCAGAUCCCCCCUCAAUCUUCUAAAUUCCAACGAGUACAAGCCCAGUUCAUCCAGUCUUUCUUCAUAUGAAAGACCUGCCAUCCCAGGAAUCAAUCUGGUGAACCUUCUUUGUACUCCCUCUAUGGCAAAGAUGUCUUUCCUCAGAUUAGGGGACCAAAACUGCACACAAUACUCCAGGUGUGGUCUCACCAAGGCCUUGUACAACUGCAGUAGUACCUCCCUGCUCCUGUACUCGAAUCUUCUCGCUAUAAAUGCCAGCAUACCGUUCGCCUUUUUCACCGCCUGCUGUACCUGCAUGCCCACUUUCAAUGACUGGUGUAUAAUGACACCCAGGUCUCGUUGCACCUCCCCUUUUCCUAAUCGGCCACCAUUCAGAUAAUAAUCUGUUUUCCUAUUUUUACCACCAAAGUGGAUAACUUCACAUUUAUCCAUAUUAAAUUGCAUCUGCCAUGAGUUUGCCCACUCACCCAACCUAUCCAAGUCACCCUGCAUCCUCUUAGCAUCCUCCUCACUGCUAACACUGCCACCCAGCUUCGUAUCAUCCGCAAACUUGGAGAUGCUGCAUUUAAUUCCCUCAUCCAAGUCAUUAAUAUAUAUUGUAAACAACUGGGGUCCCAGCACUGAGCCUUGCGGUACCCCACUAGUCACCGCCUGCCAUUCUGAAAAGGUCCCGUUUAUUCCCACUCUUUGCUUCCUGUCUGCUAACCAAUUCUCCACCCACACCAAUACCUUACCCCCAAUACCGUGUGCUUUAAGUUUGCACACUAAUCUCCUGUGUGGGACCUUGUCAAAAGCCUUUUGAAAAUCCAAAUAUACCACAUCCACUGGUUCUCCCCUAUCCACUCUACUAGUUACAUCCUCAAAAAAAUUCUAUGAGAUUCGUCAGACAUGAUUUUCCUUUCACAAAUCCAUGCUGACUUUGUCCAAUCAUUUCACCGCUUUCCAAAUGUGCUGUUAUCACAUCUUUGAUAACCGACUCCAGCAGUUUCCCCACCACCGACGUUAGGCUAACCGGUCUAUAAUUCCCCGGUUUCUCUCUCCCUCCUUUUUUAAAAAGUGGGGUUACAUUAGCCACCCUGCAAUCCUCAGGAACUAGUCCAGAAUCUAACGAGUCUUGAAAAAUUAUCACUAAUGCAUCCACUAUUUCUUGGGCUACUUCCUUAAGCACUCUGGGAUGCAGACCAUCUGGCCCUGGGGAUUUAUCUGCCUUCAAUCCCUUCAAUUUAUCUAACACCACUUCCCUACUAACAUGUAUUUCGCUCAGUUCCUCCAUCUCACUGGACCCUCUGUCCCUUACUAUUUCUGGAAGAUUAUUUAUGUCCUUAGUGAAGACAGAACCAAAGUAAUUAUUCAAUUGGUCUGCCAUGUCCUUGCUCCCCAUAAUCAAUUCACCUGUUUCUGUUUGCAGGGGACCUACAUUUGUCUUUAUCAGUCUUUUCCUUUUUACAUAUCUAUAAAAGCUUUUACAGUCCGUUUUUAUGUUCUCUGCCAGUUUUCUCUCAUAAUCUUUUUUCCCCUUCCUAAUUAAGCCCUUUGUCCUCCUUUGCUGAACUCUGAAUUUCUCCCAGUCCUCAGGUGAGCCACUUUCUCUGGCUAAUUUGUAUGCUACUUCUUUGGAAUUGAUACUAUCCCUAAUUUCUCUUGUCAGCCACUGGUGCACUACCUUCCUUGAUUUAUUCUUUUGCCAAACUGGGAUGAACAAUUGUUGUAGUUCAUCCAUGCAACCUUUAAAUGCCUGCCAUUGCAUAU